CAUCACUAACGUCGCUUAUUCCAUCGAUGUACCUCCACCUCUAAGCGACGCGCACCCCGUUUAUUUUGUACCGUGGAAACUGAGGAAAAUGUUGUAACUUGUAAACUGCUGCAACUGCUCGGCCAGGUGAUCAGAUCCUCCAUAAGAUGUUGCAACAACAGGCGUAGAGUGUUCGUGUGCCCAUCAUGUCGGAAAAGGUGAGCACCUCCCUGGCGGCCCAGUUGCAUUCCCAUGCUUUGGCAUCGGCUGAAGGUGCCGCAGCAGGCGGUGCUUCCAGCGCCUGUCAUGUCCAGCAGGCUCCGCUCCAGUUCGAGAUGGAUGCGCCGGCGGCGGCGAUCAGUGCCCAGUUGAACUUCAAGAUCGUGCCGGCCGACAGUCUACCGGGGCUGAGCCACCAGGACAUGUUAUCCUCCAUGAACUCGUCUCAAAUAUCGAAUGCCUCCACGGAGUCAAGCUGCAGUCCGCCCACCCAGGGCGGAGUUCCGCCCCCCAAGCCAAGUCGCCACAUGGCGGUACAGCCGCUGAACAGCAAAUCGUGCCGUUUCCCCAAGCUGGAGGAGUGCGCCCACUUCCACUACGAACGCGUCCAGCUGGGACCGCUGUCGGUGCAGCUGUUGGACGACAAGUCGGAGCAUUUGGGGAGCAGUAUUGCCUCCCAGUCGAUCGGCGGCGAUCUGCCGCACAGCUCGCUGCGGAGCUUCUCCCCGGAGAGCUGCUGGUUCAUCAUCCGGGUGUGCCCGCAGCGCUGCGAGCCCUUCCUAAUCAAGCGCAGCUUCGAGAACAUGCAGCUGCUGGACGAGAUGCUCCAUCGCUGCGUCUAUGACCGCAAGAUCAGCGGCCUGCGCAACAUGGCCGAGCUGGCGGCGGAGCUGCCCAGUGAACCGGACGUGGAGUACGCGGUGGCCAAGUACCUGGAGCGCUUCUCGAUGAUCGCCUCCGACUCGCUGACCUGCGGCACCAUACUCACCUGGCUGCAGCUGGACAACAAGGGCCGGCGGCUGCCCCUGGCGGACGGGGAGACCCAACGGACGAUCAACACGCCGGCGGUGGGAGCCGCCUAUGGCGUGCGACGGUAUCAGGCGCAGGCCCCCGACGAGAUCAACAUCGAAGUAGGCGACAUGAUCUCCGUGAUCGACAUGCCCAGUCCGGCGGAGUCGAUUUGGUGGCGCGGCAAGAAGUCGCACCUGCAAAAGUCCCUCUACGAGGUGGGCUUCUUUCCGCAGUCCUGUGUGGCCACCAUCGGGGACAAGGUGCCGCGCAACUUCCCCAUGCCGGCUCCCCUCGUUGGCCACCUGGAUGCCUCGCCCACGAAGCCCGUGCUCCGCAAGCACGGCAAGCUGAUCGCCUUCUUCCGUUCGUUCAUCCUCUCCCGGCCGUCCCGCCGCAGGCUCAAGCAGAGCGGAAUCUACCGGGAACGCGUCUUCAACUGCGACCUGUCCGAGCACCUGCUGAACAGCGGACAGGACAUCCCCAUGGUGCUGCGGUCCUGCGCGGAGUUCAUCGAGAACUACGGGGUCAUUGACGGAAUCUACAGGCUCUCCGGUAUCACGUCGAACAUCCAGCGGCUGCGGCGCUCCUUUGACGAGGAGCGUGUUCCGGACCUGGGAAAUCCGGAGAUGAAGAAGGAUAUUCAUGCGGUCAGCUCGCUACUCAAGAUGUACUUCCGGGAGCUGCCGAACCCGCUCUGCACGUACCAGCUGUACGACAACUUUGUGGAGGCCAUCCAGGUGAAGGCCGACGAGGCGGACGAGCGCCUGCGGCUCAUGAAAGAGACGGUGCUGAAGCUGCCGCCGCCCCACUAUAGAACUCUAAAAUAUCUGGCGGAACACCUGUACAAGGUGUCGCAGCACCACGAACGCACCGGCAUGACGGACAAGAACCUGGCCAUUGUGUGGGCGCCCAACCUACUGCGCUCGCCCGCCCUCGAGUCCGGGGGCGUGGCUGCGCUGCGUGGCGUGGGCGUGCAGGCCGUGGUCACCGAGUACCUGAUACGCAACUGCCACAACAUCUUCGACGCCCUGGAGGAUCAGACGGCGCGCCAGAAUAUGGUGGCCAGUGCGCAGGGUGGAGAGCUGCGACUGGAGUCGCUGACCGACUGCGAGAGCCUGCUGGUGGAGCAGAGGGAGCAGGACCAGUCCCUGGGCCUAGUUGAGCGACCCAAGAGCUUGAGCACGGGCGGGGCCAAGCUGAUAAGCUUGGAGGAGGCCCAGGAGCGGCACUCGCGCAUCGAGGGUGGCGACUUGAAGCAAUCCUUGCCCAUCAGCAUGCUGGCCAGUGCGAGCAGCAACGCAGCUUCCAACAUCGGCUCCUACAUAGAGGUGGGCGGCGGACCGUCUAGCCUGCCGGACAAGUACCAUACGGUGCUCUCGGCGCCGCGCAGCCGGCAGAAGCACAAGCCCGACAAGACGCCCUCCUGGAAGUCGAUCUUCACGCGCAGCCAACGGCAGGGCAACCCCGAGACCGGCCCGAAGGCUAGCACGGACGCCAAGGACUCGGUCACGUCGCGGGUGAGCUUCGUUCAGGCGGCACACGCCCACGCCAGCAAGGAGCUGACCAAGCACGACAAGCCCAAGUCCAUCGAGUUGCUGGAAACCACAAGCCACGAACGGGAACCGAAGCCCAUGGACCUGUGCAUCCGGUCCAACUCGAUCGACAGCCUGCGGACCGUCGGCCACUCGCGCAGCGUCUCGCACGACUCGUACUUCGACCUGUUGCAAUCGCCACAGCGUGGCCACAUGACCACCUGCCCCUCGCGCGAGCUCUCCGAGCUGGGUCUCAACUUUGACCGCGAGGAGCCGGAAAUGCGCAUCUUCUCUGAGAGCGAGUCGUUGGUGAGCUCGCCGCGCGUUGGCAAGGAGAAUGUUCCGCCCUCGUCUGGCUGCGCCACUCGCCGCAUCAUGCGUGCCCGGCCGGAGGACUUCUCCAGCCAGACGAACAGCGUGAAUCCCAGUCCGAAGAAGCAGCCGCGUCUCAAUCUCCUGUCCCCCAGCUCGGCCAGGACGAUGCCGCCACCGCCUCCCCCGGCCACUGUCCCCCAGUCAUCCUGUGGCCACGAGCCCGCCGGAGCGGAAAACUGCUGCAAGCGGUAUAAGCUGGAGGAUCAGUUGUGUGACAUCCAGUUCAUUGACUGUGGAACACCCGAGAAUGUGCCCACCACGCAGCAACAGUUCGCCAGCGUGGAGGUGCAUCCACCACCCAAACCGGCACGGGCUGCCCAGUCCCCGCUGGCCUCGCCCUCGACGGCUGCCUCGGGAUCUGGUUCGGGCUCGGGUUCGGGUUCCUCCUCGUCUACCCGCUACAGCUAUCCAUCGGUGCAGCUGGGCGCCAAGCGCAAAGAUCAGCAGGCCGCCAAAGAGCGGUUCAGCUACCAGGGUACAUUUACGCAUUCAGUUCCGAAGCAGGAAGCUUCCAGCCUCCGCCCUGUAGCCAACCACUCCAACACUGUUCCCUUGAGGAAGCCCAGAGUGGAUCCGACCGAGGAUGGCCAUGGCAAACUGACCGCUGGAACCCCCACCACUCCCUCGCGCAGUCCACGCUAUUCUCUGCUCCUGUGCGAUACCGAGAGCUCCGAGAACAGCUCGGCUGUCAACACGCCCCAAUACGACAUGGAGCCCCUAAUGCUGGCCUCUGCCAUGUCUGGAGUCUCCGGUGUUUCCUCCAACAUGCAGCAACAGCUGCUCCUUGGCCUGGAUGCAGCCAGCAGUUACCUGGGCAGCUCCCACGAGAGCCUCGGACAAAACUUCAACAAUGUCCAGGAGCAUCGGGACAUGAAUGCUUUGAAGCGGGAACUAUCCUUGGACCUUCAGCCAGUGCAGCAACGACUACCACAGCCGGCGAAUAGAGCUGCCACGUUGCCGGUGAAGGAGCAACUGCAGGCAGCGGCAGCGGCGGCCAUGUGCUCCUCGCCCAACAACUCGAACUUUACGGACAACACUAGUCAGUCGGUGACGCCUAGUGAGUUUGGCUACCAGCACUUGCAGCGGCAGCUGAGCAUGCACUCGCUGCUGGCCACCGAGGACAGUUCUCCGGUGUACGAAGACUUCGAGCAGACGCCCGUUAAAAUGGUGCCGACCAGCCCCAUUAGGUCCACCAUCAGCAUCACAUACAAGUCGCCGGAGAAGGAGAAGAAGGCCCCUGCGCUGCUGGAGACCAACUUUGAUGAGAACAUUGUCUAUGAGCAGGUCAAGCUGUUUCGGAAUUCGGUGACGGAGGUCAACCAGAUGCUUCACGAGAGGUCCAGUCUGAAGCAAAUCGACGAGGAGGAACAUCAACAGGACGGAGAAGCCUACAAGGCGGCGGAGAUGACCCAGCAGCUUCUGCAAUUGGAGCAGGACCAGCACCUACAGCAGCAGCUGUUGGAGGAAGAUGCGGAGGAUGACGAGCAAUCGCAGCUGCUCUACGAGAACAUUGAGCUGCGAAAGCCGAAAACUGUUUACGAAAAUCUACGAGGCGAGGAGAUGAAACUCAACACGGAAGAGAAGCCAAGCAGUGACAGAAUCGAACUCGACAGCCUAGACAGUUUGCCGGACAAUAUGGAACAGGAACGGGAUCAACAGCACUCGCCCAGCAAGUCGCCCUCCUUCAGCGUCAAGGAGCUGGCCAAUAAGUUUGAGAGUUCCCCCGUGGAACAGCUGCCGAGCUUUGACUUCACAGUGCGUGGCGGCUCGAUGAAGAAGCCCAACGAGCUGAGUGUGCCCAAGACCAUGCCGGCGCCCGUGCCGCUCAAGAAACUGAACAGCGUUGGCCAGAAAAUAACCCGUUCGCUGGACGAGAACGCCUUCGUGCGAGAGUUUGGUGGCAAGCAGUUGCAGGACCUGUCUGCCUCGACCAAGCUGCCGGAGGUCUUGUUGGAGGUGAACAGUCGCCGCAAGAGCUUCGACUUCACACGACCGAAGACCCUGAAUCCCCCCAAGCGCUUGCCUGGCAUGAGCAUUACCGAGGAGAUCUGCCACAAGGAGCCGAUUACACCCACCACAGAGAAUCGCAUUUCGCUGAUCCAGCAGAACAACGUGCCCAAGGAGCAACCGUUCCUGCCGCCAGCUGGCCGCAAGAGCGUGCUCACCGGUGUGGUGCUCGACCGCGAGAGGAUCGACAAGAUCAAGGAGGAGCGGCGACAGCAGCUGACGCAGAAGUAUCACGGCGACACCCUGAAGUCACGCUCCCGCACCGAACUCAACGCCGAGGACAAUAACUUCCAGGCCGCGGAAUCUCUGCGCAUCAAGUCCAAGUCCCGUGGCGAUAUGCACGCCUUGCAAAAGGACAUGGACAUGAAUCUGAAGCAAAUGUCCCGAGUGGCUGGCGGAGGGUCGGAGAGCACACUGCACAUGGCCCAGGAGCUGGGUCUGCAGCGCGUGCGCCGGAUUUCGGACGAGAAGAAUCAAAAUUGUGAUACCAACAGCGGGGUAUCGGCCACAUCGCUGCUCAGCGUCCGGUCGGCGGCCCAAAAGUACGGAAGCACCACCACCAAGGUGCCGACGAACAAGUUCGAGCGCGGCCAACCGAUGCCCCGAGAGCGAUUACAGCGGAAUUCUUUGGCCGAGAGCAAUGCGGGCUCCAACAACAGAGAAAAGAUCUCACCACAAUUCUCAAUACGCGACGUGACAGCGAUGUUCGAAUCUCGUUCACAAAACCAAUAGGCUAGGCCAACAUUAGCAACUAAUUACAUCGAAAUAAUGAGACCGCUACCUACAUAUAAUCACAGUACUGGAGCAACAGCGCCUAUAUACACGUGUCUAUGCAGAUAUACGAGCAUGUUUGGCUAUAUCGGCGUAUAUAUUUUAUUUAGUUUUUAAACGUUCUUUUAAGCGCAUUGAAAUUCUCGAAAACUGUUUGCUGUAUUCGGCAGAGAAGCGGCUCCAAAGACAUUCAGAUUUAUAAUGCCGUGCCCAUAUAGCAACACAUCUUACAUUGAAUACUGAUCAUGAUAAUCAUAGUGACGACGCUUUGCGCCCUCCAUCAUAUAUGCAAAAUUCAAUUUUGUUUCUGAAGAGCAUGAGAAGAGAGUUUAAAUUAAAAAAAAAAGACCAUCCCCAAUCGCACCCCGAAAGACCAGACCCCCUAACCCGGAAGCCAUGCAAAUUGUUAUGGCAUUGUAGGCGUUUCUUACGUAGUUGUUAAGUUUCAUUCGUUUACCAUAUAUGAAUAAUGAAAACGAGGAUCGAUCGAUCCAAUUCAUUAGGAUUGGAUUCAGUUUUGGUUUGUUUGACGCGUGAUUUGUUUCUCGAAUGUUUUUAUCUACUUGUUUAUAUCAUCAAAAUUGUGACGCGAGUGUAUCGGACGCGAAUGUUUAUAUUUUUGCAACUCAAAUUAAAUCAUUUGCCACCACUCUGUGCAAGUUGAGCUAAGUUAAUUAUUAUACGAUUAUUUAUACUUAUUUUUACACUUAAUAAAACUCAAUUGCAUUGUCA